AUGAUACAUGGCCUGUCUGCUCUCCAGAGAGCGCAUGCCCAUCGUGCAACACUACCAUGGCUGACGUCAGGCGUCUCCCCCACGCGAUUGUACCAGGCACCACUUGCGCGCCGCUUACAGACUCAAGCCUGGGAGCCCCUACGCCCGCCAAAUCCAGCUGAGUUGCCAAAACCCAGGCAGCGCAAGGUCAAGCCGCCAUUGACGCGCCGGAGAUGGGUGCGCCGCCUCGUCGCCGUCUCUGCAGUGCUCGGUGCUGGGUGGGCGAUUGAUCGGCAAUUCAACGCCUCGUCCAUCACUCGCAGCUUGCGCACCUUCAAGGCCGGCCUCGUAAUUGGAAUCGACUACAAAAUCAACUUUCGCGCCCAUCCGCCGCUUGCGAACAGUAUCGAGGACCUUCAUGCGAGAAACGUACAGAGAGUCUUCGAUUUGCUGCGGCACAAUGGCGGACUCUACCUCAAAAUCGGCCAGGCCAUUGCGAUGCAGAGUGCCAUUCUGCCCCCACAGUUUCAGAAGAUGUUCCAGCAAAUGUUCGACGACGCGCCGCAGAAUGAGUGGCGGGACGUUGAGCACGUCAUACGCGAAGAUUUUGGCAAGAGUGUCGAGGAGGUCUUUGGCGUUGGCUUCACCAGAGAACAGGGCCGGGGUGUCAUGGAGAAGACUGCGCGAGCAAGUGCUAGUGUUGCUCAGGUACACUGGGCUAGACUGGCAGACGGAAGGGAGGUGGCCAUCAAGAUUCAGAAGCGAGAGAUUGCACAGCAAGUCGGAUGGGAUCUCUGGGCCUUCAAGGUUGUCUCCAAGGUAUACACCUGGUGGUUCGGGAUUCCCGUCUAUACUCUGGUGCCGUAUGUCUCGGAGCGCCUGAUGCUCGAAACUGACUUUGAAAACGAAGCUGACAACGCCGUGGAGAUGAAGCGGCUGGUAGCUGAGGAGCCGCGACUCAACGGGAGAGUGUACGUCCCAAAGGUGUACCAUGAGCUUUCCAGCAAGCGAGUCAUGACGGCCGAGUGGAUAGAGGGUGUACGAUUAUGGGACAAAGAAGGCAUCACCAACACCUGGAAAGGAGGAUGGCGUCGGGGCAGCCCAGGCGCUGGCGGGCAGCCGCUCCCGCCCAUUCCACACGAUGCUGCAAUUGACACGAAUGCUCCAGAAGAUGCUACGAGACAUGAGUUUUUCAAGCCCGACCGCAACUCCUGGCGAGGCAAGGACGGCAAGGGUGGUCUGGGCGUCUCGCUCAAGACGGCUAUGAACAUAAUUGUCGACCUUUUCUCAGCGCAAAUGUUCUUGUGGGGCAGUGUACACUGUGAUCCCCAUCCGGGCAACAUCUUUGUACGCCGUCUGCCCAAUGGACAACCCGAAGUCGUCCUCAUCGAUCAUGGGCUGUACAUUCGCAUGAACCCCAAGUUCCGUCUUCAGUACGCGCUGUUCUGGAAAUCGCUACUUGCCUUUGACAAUGAUACCAUCGAGGAGAUUGUCACCAGCUGGGGCGUCAAGCACGCCGACAUCUUUGCUUCUGCGACGCUCAUGCGCCCGUAUGAAGGCGGCGACAAUAGCGUUGCCGAAGUGCUCAAGUCCGAACGCAAGGGCAAGGACCAAGCUGAGCGUGCCUUUGAAAUGCAAGCCAAAGGCCGUGAUGCCAUCAAACUCAUCCUCGGUGACGAAGCCAAAUUUCCACGCGAACUGCUCUUUAUCGGCCGCAACCUGCGCAUUGUUCAGGGCAACAACCAGUUCCUGGGUUCUCCUGUCAACCGAAUCAAGAUCACGGGUCUGUGGGCAAGCCGAGCACUGAUCGAGAGCAAGGAUCUUAGCGCGAGGGAACGCUGGAGGAACUGGAUCCAGCAUCUGCGCUUCCGCUGUGUAUUAGCUCUCAGCGAUGCGGUAUUCCUAUGGAGUAAAGUCAAGCAGUUGAUUGGCGUGGGCGGCGGCAUGGAAGACGAUAUUGAAGCACACAUGCGAGUUAUGGCCAAGGACUUUGGCGUCGAGCUGAACCAUGGUGUUUUUGAAGGCUAG